AUGCCUUCGCACGGGCUUUUCGCUCGCUACAGCUACGGCUAUAGUAACUCGAACCCGUGGAGCAGAGAGUACCGACUUUCAUUAGACAGGCUUGAUCAGCCUAAGUCUUUGUUUAUUGCUGAAUUCGCUUUCGAUGUUCUGACUCUGGCUGCCCUCAUCUGCGGUAUCAUCUGGGCAUGUUUGAUCCGCAACCACAGAGGUGUGCUGAAGGGCGUGCUCACUUCUCUUUUUACCUGGCUUAUUGCCAUGGUUCUAGAUAUUAUUGAGGAGAGUCUCUUCCUGGCCGACGUUACAGUCACCCAGUACUAUCUAAUCGACUUGUUCCUCUAUGACUUCUUCCUCCUGCUCAGCGAAUGCAUGCUCAUUUUCGUCUUCUACAACGUCAUCCACAAGCUACUCGGCCAUCUCACGGACUCAGGCAGACCAUACGCUGCUGCCGUUGUAAUACACUGGAUCGCUCUAGCUUUCGCGGUUGCGCUGGCUGUUGCUUCGUGGGCCUUAUAUGUCGGAUACCUGGUGGCGUUCGUGCAGAGUUCAAGCGAUUAUCACCUUGGGACAAUAUAUAACAAGGUGGAAAGUGCGCGAGCGAUCUAUUUCUGGUUAAUUUCACUGGAGAUCCUCGCGUGGUCCAUCUUUGCGACUGUCAAGGCUGGAUCCCAUCGCUUUAUCUCGAGAAUGCCCGCGGUCGCCCUCAUAAUUGGCAGCGUCUUCUGGUUCGCCCUAAACAUGAAGUGGGCAGUCAUCGCCAUGCGCUACUGGCUUCCAGCCGACGGGCGUGCUCCUCAAUAUCUAUCAACCGCCGUGUCUGUCUGCCAAUUCUUCUUCUGUGGAGGUAUCUACUUUGGCCUUCUCACCUGUUGCAUGAACUGGAGCAAAGUCGGUGGCGAGGAUGAGAAGCGCGUGCCUACGCAAUAUGCUGUGCCUGCCAGCUAUCCGAUGUACCCGGCAUAUACGACUUAUCCCCAAUUCCCGCAGUCCCCUCAGGAGUACCCUCCGCAUAUGCAGCAGCUUCAGGGUCAGCAAUAUUAUCAACAGCCUCCGCACCGACCCCAGCAAUAG